CCCACUUCAUUGCUUUUAGAAACGCUCCUCCCGGUUUUGUUGGAGCGGAGUGGGACGGCUGGUACGCGGAACCAGGGAACGGAGGACAAGACGAAAAUGGAUUUUUUAAUUGGGAGUCCGUUUUCUACGCCGGUGGGACAGCGAAUAGAGCGUGCCACCUGCCCCAGCCUGCAGUCAGAGGACUGGGCCCUCAACAUGGAGAUCUGUGACAUCAUCAACGAAACUGAGGACGGACCUAAAGAUGCCGUCAGAGCCCUGAAGAAGAGGAUUGUGGGAAACAAGAACUUCACAGAGGUCAUGCUGACCUUGACCGUUCUGGAGGCGUGUGUGAAGAACUGUGGCCCCAGGCUGCAUGUGCUGGUGUCCAACAGGGAGUUUGUAGAGGGGGUUCUGGUCCGCUGCAUCCUGCCCAAGAACAACCCCCCCCAGGUGCUGCAGGACAGAGUCCUCAGCAUCAUCCAGGCGUGGGCGGAUGCGUUCCGCAGCUCCCCGGCUCUGACGGGCGUGGUCUCUGUCUACGAGGACCUGAGGAGGCGGGGCCUGGAGUUCCCCAUGACAGAGCUGCAUGGACACUCCCCCAUCCUCCCCCCUGACAGGAGUGUAUCUGCCUCUGCUGCUCCCCCCUCACCCAAACCUCCUCCUUCCUCCCCACUGUGCCCUGCACACCAGCCCAACCCGGAUGGACCAGUUUCCUUAAGCCCCUACCAGGUGAGGAAGCUGAGGGCGGACCUGGUGGUUGUCCGAGGCAACCUGGCAGUGAUGUCAGACAUACUGAGUCAUCUGGAACCGGGGUCAGCCAAUCACAAGGACUCAGAGCUUCUGCAGCAGCUGUACGGGGUGUGUAAGGACGUGCAGGAUCGUAUUGUGGAACUUGUCCCCAGUCUCAGCGAGGAGCAUCUGAUAAAGGAGCUGCUGGUUGCCAAUGACGACAUCAACACCACCUUCACACGCUACCACAGGUUUGAGCAGCAAUACAGUCAGAAUACAACACGGCAGAGCCCCACCUACGUCAACCUCAUCGACCUCCAAUCUGAUGUCAAGCCCUUCAACCAAUCAGAGUGUGCUGCUUCUCCCACCUGCAGCCAUCUUAACCAAUACACUGUUGACAGUGUAUCCAGUCAGAUGACAAGACUUACAACACAAGCUGAUGACUCACUCCCACAGAAGAGCAACCCACCCCUCACAAAGAGUGGGCUAAAAGCAGGAGCUGCAGAUCUGGAUCACAACACCUGCAAACCAGAACCGAGUUUGACAGGUUCCUGGCAGAGAGGGCACGAGCUGCAGAGAGGCUCCCAUCCCUGA